AUGGCACCUCCAACAGAUCGCAAGCAAAUUCUUCAAAACUUCCGCAAGCAAAUUGAUGCUGGGAAGCCUAUCGUCGGAGCGGGCGCUGGCAUUGGCCUAUCAGCCAAGUCGAUUGAAGCAGGCGGCGGCGACUUGAUCAUCAUAUACAACAGUGGACGCUUCCGAAUGGCCGGUCGAGGCUCUUUGGCUGGAUUGAUGCCCUUCAGCAAUGCCAAUGAUGUUGUCGUUGACAUGGCGAAAGAAGUGCUUCCCAUCGUCGAGCACACCCCGGUUAUAGCUGGCGUUUGUGGUACCGAUCCUUUCAAAGACAUGCCUCGCUUUCUGAAGCAACUCAGUGACCUUGGAUUCGCUGGUAUUCAGAACUUCCCCACAGUUGGUCUGAUUGAUGGCCAGUUCCGUGCAAACCUCGAGGAGACUGGUAUGGGCUAUGACAAGGAGGUCGAGAUGGUACGACUGGCCGCAGAGAUGGGAAUCCUGACAACGCCGUAUGUCUUCAAUGUCGAAGAAGCGAAAGCUAUGGCCGGUGCCGGAGCGGACGUGGUCGUCGCACACAUGGGUCUCACCACCAGCGGUACGAUUGGCGCACAAACAGGCAAAUCUCUGGAAGAUUGUGUCAAGGACGUACAAGCCAUCAGAGAUGCUGCGACUGGGGUCAAGAAGGAUAUCAUUGUCCUUUGCCAUGGCGGACCGAUCGCAAAGCCUGAAGAUGCGAAGUUCGUGCUCGGAAGAGUCAAGGGCUUGCACGGCUUCUUUGGUGCCAGUUCGAUGGAGCGUCUGCCGGUAGAGGAUGCCAUCAAGGGUGUGACGGAAAAAUUCAAGGACAUUGCCGUACAGAAAGCAUAA